UGAAGCAGGGAGCGGAGGAUGGGAGGAAGAGUGGAGUGAGAGAGAGAGCGCAAGAGAGAGAGAGAGACAGACAGGCUGGCUAUCAAGGGCUCGUGUGAAUGUCUGAGAGGGGCUUCGAUGGGAGUUUUAUCGCAGCGCCGAAACAAAGACGCGAUUUUUUUACCAUCCGGAGAAACAUUGUAGCGGAAACUUUAAACUUUUACCCGCCAGAGCGGCAGCGCCGUGCCGGGUCCCGGCUUUGUCUCGCAACGGGGGGAAGUACGCUAGUACACGCGAGGAUAUAAAGAACCAGCACCUCAUUUGGAUACACAUUUUUAAUCCACACAACGAGAGAAUCAGUGAAGAUAGAGUUUGUUUAGGAAAGUGAGAGAAUGGCGGCCAACAUGUACCGAGUUGGAGAUUAUGUGUAUUUUGAAAACUCCUCCAGUAACCCGUAUCUGAUUCGCAGAAUAGAAGAACUUAACAAGACUGCCAAUGGAAAUGUAGAAGCCAAGGUGGUCUGUCUCUUCAGACGGAGAGAUAUAUCUGCCAACCUGAACACUCUGGCCGAUAGCAAUGCAAGAGACUUUGAAGAGGAGUCGAAGCAGCCUUCAGUGUCAGAACAACAGAAACACCAGCUCAAGCACAGAGAACUGUUCCUGUCUCGACAGUUUGAGUCUCUCCCGGCCACACAUAUACGAGGAAAAUGCAACGUCACACUUUUGAAUGAGACUGAUGUUUUAACUGGCUACCUAGAGAGAGAGGACUGUUUCUUCUACUCUCUGGUGUUUGACCCCGUGCAGAAGACCCUGCUGGCUGACCAGGGCGAGAUCAGAGUGGGAUCCAAAUACCAGGCAGAGAUCCCUGACAAACUGGCUGAAGGAGAUUCCGACAGUCGAGUGCAGGAGAAGCUUGAGACAAAGGUUUGGGAUCCUAAUAACCAGCUGAAGGAUCCUCAGAUAGACCAGUUCCUGGUGGUGGCACGGGCUGUUGGUACAUUUGCACGUGCACUAGACUGCAGCAGUUCAAUCCGCCAACCCAGUCUGCACAUGAGUGCUGCAGCAGCAUCUAGAGACAUCACACUGUUCCACGCCAUGGACACUCUGCAGAAGAACGACUAUGAUCUCGCCAAGGCCAUGUCAACGCUGGUGCCGCAGGGUGGCCCGGUGCUCUGCAGGGAUGAGAUGGAAGAGUGGAGCGCCUCAGAAGCCAUGCUGUUCGAGGAGGCUCUGGAGAAAUACGGCAAAGACUUCAAUGACAUUCGCCAAGACUUUUUGCCCUGGAAGUCAUUAGCUAGUGUGGUCCAGUUCUACUACAUGUGGAAGACUACUGAUCGUUACAUCCAGCAGAAAAGACUAAAAGCAGCAGAGGCUGACAGCAAGCUGAAGCAGGUGUACAUCCCCACCUACACCAAACCCAACCCCAAUCAGAUCAGUGCACCUGGAAGUAAACCUGGCAUGAAUGGUGCCACCGGCUACCAGAAAGGCCUCAGUUGUGAAAGCUGCCACUCUGCCCAGUCCCAGCAGUGGUACGCAUGGGGCCCUCCCAACAUGCAGUGCCGACUAUGUGCAACCUGUUGGAUUUACUGGAAAAAGUAUGGUGGUCUUAAGACCCCUACUCAACUAGAGGGCGCCACCAGAACUGGCUCAGAUGCAGCUCCACGUGGUCACAUGACUCGCCAGGAGGUACAAGGCAUGUCCCCGUUUACCAGCAGCGCAGGGAGAGCUAAACUUCUGGCUAAAAAUCGGCAGACCUUCAUCCUGCAGACCACUAAACUCACUCGAAUCGCCCGUCGGGUGUGCCAGGACAUCCUGCAGUCCCGCCGAGCAGCCCGCCGCCCCUACGCUUCCAUUAACUCCAAUGCUGUCAAAGCAGAGUGUAUGAUAAGACUUCCUAAAGCCGCAAAGGGUGCUAUGAAGAACCGCCCUAUUCCUCGACCGUCCCUCAUCAAUAUAGUUAAAGAAUUGGCUCUUCAAGCUCCUUUGAAAUUGAAAGCUCCUCGAGGUGCUCCAACCCCUAUCAACCGUAACCAGGUUAACCAGCCUCGGAGCACAUCCGCUCUACUGGGCAAGAGGCCAUUCGACAAUGCUGGAGGUCUUUCUUUGUCCACCAAUGGAAGACCGUUCGCAUUGGGAAUGAGAGCAGCCACCCAGUCAGUCAUUAAGAGGCAGAAGGUCAGUCAAGGAGAUGCUCCGAAUCCAGUCGUGUUUGUGGCUACGAAAGACACCAGAGCCCUGAGGAAACACCUCACUCAGGCAGAGACGAGGCGGGCGGCCAGAAAACCACACCUCCCGGUCAAAAUCAAACUUCCCGUGCCGCCCCGGCCGCUUCCCGUACCCAUCAUACCCUCCAGCACCAGUGAGCCAAUCGUGUUGGAGGACUGAGCGAUGUUCCAGUAGA